CGCUAUAUACGUGUCUAUAAUCGCACUGCACGUACACGGUACACAUCUCUCCCCUUGUUUUUUCUACUCAACAAACUCAAACACUCAAGAAGAUGGAAGCAGACGAUGAUUUACAAAUGCUACUAUCAGAGCAACGCCGUGAGCUCGCGACGGCGAUGUCUUCGGAGACCGAUAACGACCUCGCCUUCAAACUACAAAUGGAAGAAGCACUGAACGCUUCUCUCGCUUCCCAACCGUCAUCAUCCGACGCUAAACGACAGCGUUUAGAGUCUUCUGACAUUCUUGAUGACGGCGAGUUUGGCUCCGGUGUUGCGCAUCUUCUGGCCGAAGAGAUUGAUAAGUUCGUGCGCGAGAGAAGUGAUCGCGAGUACGUCGACGGGGAGAUGAGGCGCGUGAGGGAAGAACUCGGCCAGAUGAUCCACGACCGCGCGUUCGCGCGUGAUGUGCUCGCGGUUCCCGAGGCGGAGUGGAAGAACAGUGGGGAUUACUAUCAUAAGCCCUAUGAAGGUGUUUCGGUGAGCGAGAAGAUAAGUAGUGAGGAUUUUAGGCUGUAUUGUAAGGGUUUAGUGAGUGAAGAGACGGUUGGAAGUGAAAAGAAGGUGUUGGCUGGGAUUGGAGUUGCGAUUUGUGAUUCGAGUGGCGAGAUUGUUAUCUUUAAGAUGCGGAAGCCUUUGGUAUUGGAGGAGAUGAGUGUCGAGAUUGCGGAGGUGAAGGCAUUGAUUGAAGGACUCAAUGCUGCAGUUACGUUAGGGUUGAAGAGGAUUACUGUGUUCUGUGAUGAUCCUAUGACAUACCAAUAUGUCACUGGCAAAUGGGUAUCAAAGUUGGGAAAUAUGGCAACCUUGGCUGAUGAGUUGGCUCUACUCCAGAAAAAAUUUACUCGUUGCUUUCCACAUCUUAUUGAAAAGAAAAAUGUCCAGUUUGCUGUUGGACUUGCUAGAGAUGCUAUAACUGCGCAGAUCACUUGGCCAGGAAAAAGUAGCAUUAAGACAAUUGAGACAUGCAAAAUUUGUUUGGAAGAUAGAGCCGUUGGUCAAAUGUUAGUAGUUGAUGGUUGUAAGCACCGAUAUUGCUCUUCUUGUUUGAAACAGCAUGCACAAGCAAAGUUGUCUGAAGGUAUGCUUCCUAGCUGUCCACAUGAAGGUUGCAAGACUGAGUUGAAGUUUGAGUAUUGCAGAAAGUUCUUGCCUGGUGAAGUGCUUGAUAUCAUGAGUCAGAGGAUAAAGGAAGCUACUGUUCCUGUAACAGAUAAGGUUUAUUGCCCAUAUCCUAGGUGUUCAAUUUUAAUGUCCAAAACAGAGGUCUGUGCAAUAAACAAUGCUGGAGGUAGCAGAUGCAUGAAUUGUCAUGGCCUUUUCUGUAUCAAUUGCAAGGUUCCUUGGCACAGCAACUUGUCAUGCUCUCACUAUAAAAGUCUGCAUCCUCAUCCAUCCUCAGAAGAGGUAAAACUCAAGACUCUUGCAACAAGAAAGCAAUGGCGUCAAUGUGAAAAGUGCAACAAUAUGAUUGAGCUUAAAGAAGGCUGCUACCACAUUUCUUGCAGAUGCGGUCACCAAUUUUGCUAUAGCUGUGGAGCGGAGUGGAAGAACAAGAAAGCAACUUGUAAUUGUGCGCUCUGGGAUGAGCGUAAUAUCGUGCAUCCAGCGAGGAACAGAAGAUAAAGCAAGAAUCAGAUUUUAGGAAUGUGGUUUUAAUUAGAUGUUGAAAACAUCCACGUCACUUCUGAAGUUUUUCUUUUACGCAGUAGUACUAGUAGUAGCUGUCACUGGUCUAGGCACACCAUUUUCAGUGAUUUUGCGGUUUUGUGGUAGUUUGCCGACUUGCACGAACUAGAACAGUCUAGAGUUGGUGCUUGGUACAAGUUUAGUAUUUGCAUAUCAAAUUUCUUGUUCUCA